GUGUGUUUUGGUUUUUGUGGCACCUGUGUGUGUUCGUACUUGUCAAAUCUCAGUUAGUGUCGAGUUAGCGAUUUCAAACAAUAUUUGCGCACGUAAUUAUUAUGGCAUGAAAUCAUAUUGACUGUGGACGCAGUUCGUAUUUCCUCACAGUUAGCAGCGGUGCUAUUAAAUGUUACUGAGUGAUUAGCAUCUUCAUUAUUUACUGCGGAUAUAUGAACGAUACUCAUAACAGUACAUGUCUGGACAUAUUUAUUUAUUUAUUUGGUUGUUGUUGUUGUUGUAGCGAUAUGCAGAAGUGACCGAAUACAAACUAGCAUAAACAACAUUUGUUUGUAAUAUACAUAUCUUUCAAGGAUGUUUAGCUUUUGAUGUGUAUUUGAAGGAAUAGUUCACCCAUAAUAAAAAGUGAAUUGAUGGAUUGGAGUCUUAUUUUUUUGACAAUAUUCAAGAAGCCCUCUCAUCUAAAGCUCAUGUUUAAAAAUGAAUUAACUCAAAAAAGAUGAUGUUAGUUUACUGCUAUACAGCUUUCUAUAUCAAAAGAGGAUGUGUUGUAUUUAAAGACACUCAUGAUCGGUUUUCACGAUUUUCAGAUUUCUUCUCAAGUACAUAUGACUUAUUAUACCUUCAGAGACUAAAACAAAACCAUUCCUUCUUUCAGACGACAAAUCCUGGAGCAGAAACGGCCAGACUGCAUCAGUUUAUUCUCUGGUGAUAAACAGAGAGUAGAGGUUGAGUCGGGGGAAGAUGAGCCGGGGGUAAGAUCCGACACCUGUGCAUAUGAGCAUUGAUUUGUCAUGUGAGCACACGAUCUGGAGGAAGUGCACAGCUCACCCAGCUGUCUGUAAAUGAGAGGAACGCGAGAGAAAAGUGCUUGUGCUGUUGUCGAUCACCACAGGAAAGCGAUCAUGCCACGGAACUAUAUUCGUAAAACAGACUGGGGAUCAGUGACCUAUGAGGAGCUGGAGAAAGCCUUCGUUGAAGUGAAGCGAGGGAAAUCUAUCAGAACAGUAGCAAAAGAAAGAAAGAUCGGCAGGUCCACCCUGCAGCGCUACAUGAAGAAGGCAGAAGAAAAGAGAGAGAAGACGGUGGGCUACAGAGGAACGGCUGAAGCCAGGAGGAUCUUGUCUGAGGAGUUAGAGGAGGAGCUUGCUGAACACAUCCGCGUGCUGAGCGAAGGCGUGCACGGCCUCACGCCAAAGAAGUGCAGAGAAAUCGCUUUUGAGUUUGCGCAGAAGAACAACAUCCCCGUCCCCAACAACUGGGGAGAGCAGAGGUUAGCAGGUCGAGACUGGCUCAGUAGUUUCAUAACACGCCACAAUCUCUACGGCCACAUAACUGAAGCUACGGGACAGAUCAUCAGUUUCAGUGUCAUCGACCAGGACGAAAUCAAGACCGGAAUCAAAGAGGAGCGCGACGUUCCUGUCCCCGGCCGCCAGACGUCAGAGGAGGACCGAGAGCGAGACCUGUUAGAGACUGACUUGUUUCUGACAUGAUGUUAUAUGAUGAAGCACAAAUCAUUCUGAUGCUUAAUCCUGUUUCCUGUUCGUUUAGGAAUAUCUUUCACAAAAGAAGUACUGUAUAAUGAUUUAAAUGUGGUCACACAUUAUUAAUCGAAUUCUUUUCAUGCUGGUACUUAUAGAAAUCAUUCACACUCCUGUUUUUUUUUUCUUAAGUUAAUGUUUCAGUUUAAAUUUAUGUAUUUAUUUAUUUGUAUAUUCCUGUAGCUUAACUCAUAGAGCAUGGUACUUGCAAUGCCAAGGUCAUGAAGUAACCUUCGACCCCUAAACAAUUCUCUGUUUUAUAUCUAAGGGGGAUAAAACUUUCAAAAGUUAUACUGUACAUAAAAUUGUGUUCAGACAUAUUAAAUAUGGUGCUUUCAGAAAGUAUUCAGACCUCUUUUAU